AUGGGAUAAUUGUAAAAUUGCUAUGAUUGGCACUUUCCUAAGAGCUUUGGAAACUCAUCUGGAAAUUCCUCUCCUACUGAGUUUGAUAUUGAUGGUGAGCAAAACAUUAUUAUUGGUGGAGUAUCAAGUAGUGUAGUUAGGAGUGCUAUUAAAAUAGUAUUUUAGUAUUUUAGCAGCAGCUCUUAAACAGAAGAUUGGGCAAGAUAUUUUAAUUUUGAACAAAAUCCAACUAUACCUCCUUAAGUUCUUGGCAUAAAGUUUUAAGAUAGAGCAUAACACUCAAUGAAAGCCCUUGCAUUAUUAUCAAACUAGGUUAAUGGAUAUAUCUUUAUUGUUUUACUGAAUAUACAAGAUGGAUCUUUAUACAAGGUAUACCGAGACAGUCAAUAAAAUGAGGUUUUAUUCAAUAAUUUAUUUUCAAAUAGUGGUUUGUUAAACAAAAGAGAUCAAGUUUUCAUGCACCUUACAAAUAUAACUUAGAGGCUGAGAAUCAUUACAAAACUUGAUUUCUCGAAUACUUAAAGUAUAUUGAGUCCUGUUUGGGCUUUUGAUUACCAAGGAUCUAAUUUAAUUCAAGAUUAGUUCUUUGCUUUUACCUAAGACCCUAAUGAGCAGUUUCUCUAUGUAUCUCAUUCUGUCAUAAAUGUGACCACUUAAUUUUAAAGUUACUUGCAUAUUUUGGGAAUAAUAAAACUUAAUUAGACAAAUGGGAAAUCUAUAUGGAACCAUGGAUUUUCAUACUUAAAUACUACUCGUGACCCCAACUAACUAAUAAGAGAACUUAAAGUUUAUGAAGAUAAUCAAAGUGAAAUAAUUGUUGGUGCUGUUGAUAUUUAUCAAUAUAGUUCAAAUUACAAAUAACUAUUCUUUAUUCUCUAAGUAAGCAAAUCAACCAAUUAACCAAUUUGGAAAAUCCUAGAAUCGAAAAAUACUUUCUAUAAACUACUUGAUAUUUAUUGA